UUUUUUUUUGUAAAGGAGAUCUCUACCAAUCACUUGUGGGAAGCUUCUUGCCAGUGCUGGGACCACCACACAAGUGGUCCCUUCUCUAGAGCCCAGGUACAGUCCUUUGCCGCAUACAAGCAAAUCCUUCAAAGACUGAACAUGAGAACAGAUACGAUAGAGAGCAAUAACACCAAAUCCAGCACUCCCCUCCUAACCCAAAGAUACCUGAGAAUGGUCACAAAGGAUGGACACAGCACAUUCCAGAUGGAUGGUGCACAAGGACAAGGCCUGGCAUACCUCCGAGAUGCGUGGGGAAUACUAAUGGACAUGCGCUGGAGAUGGAUGAUGCUUGUCUUUUCCGCUUCCUUUGUCAUUCACUGGCUAGUUUUUGCAGUGCUUUGGUACGUGCUGGCUGAGAUGAAUGGGGACCUGGAGCUGGACCACGAUUCUCCACCUGACAACCACACUAUUUGUGUCAAGUAUAUCACCAGUUUUACAGCUGCAUUCUCCUUCUCGCUGGAGACACAACUCACCAUUGGCUAUGGUACUAUGUUCCCAAGCGGGGACUGCCCCAGUGCUAUUGCCCUGCUUGCAAUACAGAUGGUGCUGGGGCUCAUGCUGGAGGCCUUCAUCACAGGUGCUUUUGUGGCGAAGAUCGCCCGACCAAAGAACCGUGCAUUCUCCAUCCGCUUCACCCGCUCUGCCGUGGUGACACACACAGAGGGGAAGCCAUACCUCAUGUUUCAGGUGGCCAACACACGUGCCAGCCCACUCACCAGCGUCCAGAUUUCUGCUAUUCUUUACCAAGAACAGGAGAAUGGUCAGCUGCACCAGACCAGUAUCGACUUCCACCUAGACAGCGUUACUUUGGAUGAGUGUCCUUUUUUCACCUUCCCACUGACCUACUACCACUCAAUCAUCCCAUCCAGCCCACUGGCCGCUCUCCUCCAAAGAGAGGCUGCUCGCCACUUUGAGCUGGUCGUCUUUCUGUCAGCGGUGCAGGAAGGGACAGGAGAAAUGUGUCAGCGGAGGACAUCCUAUCUCCCCUCAGAGAUCAUGCUGUACCAUCGCUUUGCCCCUGUGCUGGCCCGCAGUGCCAAAGGUGAAUAUCAGAUCAAGAUGGAGAAUUUUGACAAGACAAUUCCUGAGCUCCCAGCUGCAGCCGAUUCAAUGAAUCCAAGGAGGACUGCCAAGGAGAUCCGCAUCAACGGACAGCACGUCGACAGCUUCCAGCUCUCUGAGACUGGCCUCACAGAAUAGAUGGAACAGACUUUGAACUUUGUGCUUUUUUUUUUAAUUAUUAUUAAACUUUGAGGUCACAUCGACAACCUUCCUUCCUUGCCUGCCCUGCAAUCUUCUAACGAUCUCUCCUGUUUUCCUCCUUCUGAUCACACAGUAUGCAAAGCAAAGAGGAGUUGCACGCCCAUGUAAACUUGGGAGAGGCUGGAUUGACCGUGUAGGACAAAGGCAGGUACAAGACUCACUGCUUCUGGGAAAUCAGAAAAGCUACCUGCUGAAGUCACUAGAUUGUGAUUAAAGUUGUGUGACUCUGAAAGGAGAGACUUCCAAAGCUGACCAAAAUCCCAAUUAACCAUCUCAGCCUGUGACAAAAUUGGACAGCAAAAACACAAGAGAAAAAUCUCACGCUAAACCAAUAUGGAGUCACUCAGUCAAUACAUCAGUCCACAGAUAAGAAAUUCAGUUGAUUCAAGACCCUGAUUUUUCUGUUAUUUUCACUCUUUGAGAUACUUGGUUAUAUCUGAUUUCAGAGGGAUGAACUUACUCCUAGGAAGUAUUGCCAACCUCUCGCAGCAGUGAGAAGUACCCCUGCUGUGCUUGCUUAUUAAGCAGAAUUGUAAAUACUAUCUGUAGUUUUUUGUUCCAUCAGAUAUGAGGACAACUCAUCUCCUCAUCAGUCUACGAAGACAUUAUCAAAAGAUCUUGAUGCAUAUGCCAAAUGCUGACUGGAAAUUUUCUUGUAUUUGGAAACACCAAAUAAAUUAUUCAGCAGUGGAAAGCAGACCAUACUAAAUGAACAUCCUUGCAAAAAAGCACAUCCAAUACAUUUCAUGUGUCCUCAGCUUUGUGCUGCUUCUCAAGUAAGUCUGACCCUGGAGGACACACUGCAUCCACAUGAGAAGUAUAACUGCACCCACUUGUAUUUUAUGCUUCUUAACAUCAAUAUUUGCCUUUACAUACAGCACGAAAAUACUUACAAAGACACCUGAAUCAAUUUUAAAAUAAAAAAAUUAAACUACACAGGACUUCUGUAUUUAAAGUGCCUCCUGAGUAUAUUGCAAGUAAGACUUAAACCUAAAGCUCCUAAAUAAUUUAAAAAGCUAGAGAAUAAAUCAAACAAGUGAUAAUUAUUUACAAGCUCUUAACAAAAACAAUGUCUAUUAUGUAUCCAUCCUUGAGAAGUCAAGAAUCAAAAGAAAGAGUUAAUUUCUCAAAAGUAAAAGACUUCCCACAAACAAAGAUGGUCUAACUAGCUUUCAUGUACAGGAGCACAAUACUCGACAAAACACACUUCCCUUUAACUUUGCUCAGCAGCAGGAAUAAAGGGACGAGAGAUCAUUAACCAAACUCUUGAGCCUCAAAAUCAAACUGUGUUCACAACUAGGAGGAGCUGAGCAAUUCAGCUCAUUUCCAACUUGUCUAAGCACUGCCUGUCCACAUUACAGAUCUCAACUGGAUUUGGUUUUGUUUUAGAUUUUCUCAAAAUCUUUCAUGGAAUUUAAUUUCACCUAAAAGCAUUAAUGAACAUUGUGAAGCUUGCAGAGCAAUGCUAUUAAAUUACACAGCCUCUGAACCCUGUUUUUCCCAGUUGUUGACCCAUACACAGUUUAAAGAUCCCUCCUUAAUCUUCCCAUCAGUACCAAUGAUUCCCUGUUAUUUCCUUCUAUGAUGUUAUUUCACACCUUCUAUCCCAAUGCAGUAUAUUGAGAAAAUUCUGACAAAUUAAGAACCAGUGCGAGAGCAAGAGAAUGAAUUUGUGUCAAGUCUGAAAUAACCAAGAGCAGUGCUUUGUAUGAAGUACUGCAUUUUCUCUCUUACAUACUCCAAUCUCAGAGAAAUUACUGUAAAAUUCAUACGUACAAUCCCAACAAGGUGGGAACUUCAAUCACAUUUUUUGUAGCCCAAGCUACAAAAAGCUACUUCUAAUUUCAAUUAACAUCUAAUCUAAGUGUUGGUUGCUUAGUCCAAUUUCUAAAUUGACUUGAGACCUUCUUUUAAAGGUUUCUUCUUUUUAAAAUCAUUUCAUUUUCAUAGAUGUGGUUUAAAAGGGGGUAGAGCAGCAAGUAUAAAGAAAGAGUCUUUUCCGCACACCCUAGAUGCUGUCUGCUAAUACACAACUGCAGAACACUGCUGAAGCAAACGAGACAUACAAACAACUGCAUAGUUAUGUAUGUCAGAACAGUGCAGAACAAAAGGUAGGGAGAACAUCCAUAUCACUUUCACUGUUCUGCAGAACUGGUGAACCAUGGAGUCUCAUGAGGCACUGGAAACAGGCCAUGGUGCAAAUCAGAAGCCUAGAAAAAAAACUGCUUGUAAGCAUGGAUGCAAAAAUGCAUUCUAGGCUUUCUGUAAUGUUGCAAAAGCAAAUGUGAUGAACCUUCUUUGGAUAUACCUAUACUGGUGAGGUAGGGAAGAAAAACAAGCCAGAAAAAGGAAAGAAAUUCAACACCCUCAUUACAUUCACAGGCACAGACUCUACGUUCAAGUCUUCUUAACUUAAUCAAUAAACACACAUUAUAUGGAACUGAACGAGAUUCCACAACUGACUUUCUAAAUGUCUUGUUUCAUCUACAAUUAUUUUGUACCAAUGUGUAAUUGCUGAUAACUACUCAAAUCCCCGGGGUUACUAAGCUGGCAUUACUCAAGAGGUUGCACAGAAAAUUAAGCAGCUUUCUUGCAACUCCAACAUAGCUGUGAUCUAGAAAACAACUUGCUCAUUUUCUUUGCUAAUGGCCUCAGCCUUCCAGAGGCAAUUUGCUGUCUCAAAGUCUGCUGAAACUUAGACAGUUUGCAAGAGAAACUCACAAAUACUUCGAGCAUCUUAAUUUGUAAACUGACACUGUUUACACCGAGCAUCAGCUAAAUGAGAACUUGCAAACAUAUGAGUGCAAAACCCCUUUGAAGAACCCUAAAUUCCUCAAUAUUUGAGAAGCAUUUCUCUACUGAAUUCUCCCCUUUUUAUCUCAUGAUUUUUAAUAGAAAGGUUCUUGCCUUGUCACCCAUCAGAAAAGCUUCCUCUCAUCCUGUAUUAGUAUUGUAAUAUGAUCGCCCUGAACAAAGCAAACAAGUUGACUGAACUACACAAUUUGAGGCUGAUUUCAGGUCCUUUCCAAACCAAUGGAAAAUUGAAGCACUGUAAAAUUAAAGAAUAAAAUCCUAAACUUGGAAUUUUAAGCAGAACAACAGAAAUCAACAGGUAUAUCUGCUAGAGCACAUUAGCCCUACAUUAUGAACUGCAUGUCAAUUCACUCCAUCUUCCUGCUUUCACUGCUAUGUAAAUGAUACUCCUAGUGUUUGGCAUUAACGAGG